AUGUUCGACGUGGUGUGCACUACUGUGAACGGUGGAAUUCCCGUAUUUUACCGAAAAAUUAGUAAAAUGGAUUCAGUACCAUUUACUACAUUUUCAACAUUGAAUGCUGUUAUAACAUUUGCAGAUGUACAAAAUGUCCAAUUUAAAACUAUUCAUACAGAUAAACAUUCUUUUAUUUGGCAUGCCAUUGGUGAUAGUCUAAUUAUGGCAGGCAUUGGUGAUUUGAACGAUUCUACAAUAAAAACUGGAUUGGAACUGAUAUCAACUUUAAUAAAAAUGAUUAUUGGAGAUGAAAACAUAUAUAAUAAAAAUGCAGAUAGAAUAAAACGGGAAAUAAAACCUUGUUUACCUAUUAUUGAUUAUAUAUUGAGGAGCCUAACAUCAGUAACAAUAGAAGCACAUCUAAUAAAUGUAAUUGAAACACAGUCAAUGAAGGAUAAUAAAUCAAUAAAUAACUGUUUAUACAAUUGGUCGGAAACAAUCUGUAGUGAUCUUUGUUGGGUUGUUGUGGAUAAGAAAUUGAGUGCAGCAACAAAGGACUGGUGGGAUUUACAUAUUAGUGACAGAAAAUUAUUAACAACAAUUAUUUUAGCUAAUUGUUAUGACCAAAUUACAUCAGCUGAUAUUCCAAUUUUCUUGCCUCAUUCAAGUACUAAGGUUCUUUUAAGACUAGUAUGUUGCAUGAUUGUACAGGGUGUUUGGACAGCAGCUAUUUGUGGACCUACACCAAAUCUAGAUGAUAUUGAAAUUAGUGCUGCCAAAAGUUUUAGAACAGUUAUCAAUUACUUUCGACCUAAUUAUGCUAAAUUUGAAUUAACUUCUGGAUAUAUCAUAGUGAACACAAAUUUGUUCAAAUUUAUGCAAAAUUAUUAUUCAAAUACUGAUGUGCAAAGUGGACUAGUAAAGUUUUACAAUAAAAUUGCAUCACGUCUUAUGAACGAUGAUGUUAAUGGAAGUGAAGUCUCAUGUAUGGGGAAAAUUCAUAACUAUUAUGCUAUAAAAUCAAAUGGUAUCAUAUUAUGUUUAGCAUAUCCAAGUAAACAUAAUAUGGUAACAAUCAGAUACUAUGCGAAGCAAACAUUUCAGUUACUUUUAUCUGAUAUCAACUCUUAA